CUUUUUUAUAUUGCCCCACAAUAAAUAGAGAGCAAAGCAUGAAACGAAAGUUGACUGGCCAAGAAAGAAAGAAUAUCCAAUGAUGGGAGACACGCCUUUCAUGCACGUUUGCUCGUUCUUUCUUUUAUUUUGUUGGUUAAAGUUUGUAGCUAAAAGGUGCUGUCUUCCCCCACUUCUAUUUCUUAUCUCGUCCAGUUUUCAAUUUUUCCUAUUUUAAGUAUUUUUUAUUUGUCAAUUCUUUUCUAAUCUUGAUCGCUUACCUUUUCUUCUUGUAUUAUCUUUAUCUCUUCAUUAAGGGAGAUAUUUGAUCUGGGUUUUGAUUUUUUGAGUGGAAUUUGGGAUUUGUUGUUAAUAUUGGGGCUUUUUUUAUGUUCUUUUGUAAAGUUUGUUUCUUUGAGCCAAAUUAAUAGAUGAGUUUUUGAAAUCUUCAACCUUUUUGGAAUUGGGGCAUUGGAGAUUUGUGUUUUUCAGGGAAUUUUGAUAUUUGAAGGAGAACUGGGUAGCUUGAAGGUUGUAGUGUUCAUCCUGGUGAAGUAAAUACGAUGUUGUUGGAAAUUGAUUUGGGAAUUCAUUAUCGUAUUAUUGGAUUGGUUUCUCGAAAUUCACGAGAUCUUUAACUAACCUAUGAAGUGUCACAUUCAUCUUCUUGUGUUUUUUUUUUCCUCGAGCGAGUAGUUGAAGAGACUCCUUUUUAAUUCUUUCAUUUGGGAUUUGGAUGUCGACAGCAGUCCUUUUCUAAUCUCUCUCUCAAAAUUCACCAGAGGUAUUAUGAAAUGGUCAAUGAGAUAAUGACUGUUGCAACCAAUUCUUUGAUUUAUUUUCGAGUUUUGGAUUGUUGUUAGUUGGAUAGUUACAAGGAAUUCCCCCCCUGUUGUUUAUGUUAUAUCAUGUUUAUACGAGGGUUGUAAAUAGUUUGGGGGUUGAGGAUAGAAAAGUUCUCUUUUACUGUUUGAUUUGAUUAAGAUCAAGGGAGAUGUAUUCGAGCUAGAAAAAACAAUCUUGAUUCUUCCACAAAUCAUGAAAUUCUUUAGCAUCAUUGGCAAUUCAUUUGGUUGUUCUGCUUCUGGAGAGCGUUUGGUUUCGGCUGCAAGAGAUGGGGAUAUUCAAGAAGCCAAGGCCUUAUUAGAAUACAAUCCAAGGCUUGCAAGGUACUCAACGUUUGGUGUUCGAAAUUCUCCACUCCACUACUCUGCAGCUCAGGGUCACCAUGAGAUAGUUUCUCUCUUACUUGAGUCCGGAGUUGAUAUCAAUCUGAGGAAUUAUCGUGGUCAGACUGCUUUGAUGCAAGCUGGUCAACAUGGUCACUGGGAGGUUGUGCUGACUUUGAUGCUUUUUAAAGCCAAUAUUCACAGAGCAGAUUAUCUUAAUGGGGGUACUGCACUUCAUUUAGCUGCUUUGAAUGGUCAUUCUCGAUGUAUACGCCUCCUCCUUGCAGACUACAUACCCAGCAUUGCUGAUUGUUGGGAUAUAUUGAGUAAAGGCUCAAGGGACAAUGGAUCCAUCUCCGAGUUUGAUGGAAGUGCUCUUCGCGAGGUUAUCAAUAGACCUGCUGAUGGAGGCAUUACUGCUUUGCAUAUGGCAGCACUGAAUGGGCAUGUUGAAAGUGUACUGUUACUCUUGGACUUGGGAGCUUCAGCUUAUGAGGUCACUGUGGAAGAUGGAACUACUAUCGAUUUAAUUGGUGCUGGAAGCACGGCUCUUCACUAUGCUGCAUGUGGUGGAAAUCCUCAAUGUUGUCAAAUUUUGAUUGCCAGGGGUGCCAGUUUGACUGCUGAAAAUGCAAAAGGGUGGACUCCUCUGAUGGUUGCUCGUUCAUGGCACAGAAAUGAACUUGAGGUGAUUCUUACCACACAGCAAGAAAACCAGUCUCAAAUAUGUCCUUCUCCAUAUGUAUCUAUUCCCUUUAUGAGCAUUGUCAAAAUUGCCAGAGAAUGUGGAUGGAGGAACAAUGAUUCCCUACCUACAUGUGAUGAUACAUGUGUUGUUUGUCUGGAAACAAAAUGCACAGUUGCGGCAGAAGGCUGUGGACAUGAAUUCUGCACAAGAUGUGCUUUAUAUCUCUGCUCUACAAUCUGUAUCUCAACUGUUGCUCAAGGUCCAACGGGGUCGGUUGCCUGCCCUCUCUGCCGGCAUGGCAUAGUUUCAUUUGUCAAGCUUCCAGGAACAAAGCCAGUGGUUAAAGCUAUUGCCAGAACAAGUUUAUCUCUAUCAUUUUGUACAUGUACGGGUGAAGAACCAGAUUUCCCUUCAAUGACAACCCCACUUCGCAAGCCUGAUUUCCAGUGCACCAAAAUUUCCCCUCCAUCUUCAUUCCGUUCUUUAAGUUGCCAAAAGUUCCCAUCUAUGAAUUUCAAUGCUAGCCGUUGCAUGGGAGCUUCAGAUACAACUCCUUUAGUUCCAUGUACAAUUGAUCUGAACCCGCGUGAACGUGAAGUCAGGUGUUCGAGAUCAAGAAUUAGACGAUCAACCUCCAACCCAGAGCGCAGAAAGUCUUGGUUAUCUGCGCUCAAUCAGUAUGUAACUACAGGAACUGGGUGCUAAUUUCCUUAUUAACCUAUGAUGAUUAUUUUUCCUGCCGUUUUGUCCAUAAUUUUGGUUGGCAGUGAUUAUUGGGCUGUAAAUUUGGAAGAGAAUCAGCAAUAUCUACAAAUGAAUCGCAUUGAUAUUAUUGCUUCA